AAUCCGUAUAGAGUAAUGUGUCGUGCGUCUUGAGCUGAGGUGAGCGCUCGUAAGUUACAUAGCUCUAAAACUGAGGUUUCAACGCUACUGGUACUGGUUGGACUAGCAUGACAUCAGAAGACUCGUGAAAGGGAUAACUUCAAUCUAUCAGGUCACUUUUCUAGAUGUAGUGGAAAUCUACCAAAAUCAUGACUCAUCGGUUAGCUCCCUGGUACAGCAUUUCCGUCCUGUUUGUUUGUGGCAUGUCAUUGUUCCUUCAAGCACAAGGCGUGGAUCCCUUUCCUGACGAGAUAAGACGUAUGGAAAGAAGUUUUGGAUCAAGCAAAGUGAAUCCUCCGUCACGACCCAACUCCUACUGGGACGAUCCCUACCGUAGGCCCUAUUUUGAUAAUAGUACCACACGAAACGUCACUGCACCCCUGGGGAAAACGGCUUAUCUUCACUGUCGAAUUCGACAAAUUGGGGACAGAACAGUUUCCUGGGUGCGUCAGAAAGAUCUCCACAUACUGACCGUUGGUCGUUAUACAUACACUAGUGACCAGAGGUUCAAAUCUCUACACCUGGACGACACCGAAGACUGGACGCUCAAGAUUCUAUACACCCAGAAGAAAGAUGCUGGAGUUUACGAGUGUCAAGUCAGCUCUGAACCGAAAAUUAGUCUGCCUAUACGUUUAAACGUUGUUGUUGCCAAGGCAACUAUUCCAGGAGGCCCAAAUAUGUACGUACAGAGCGGUAGUACCAUCAACCUGACGUGUAUCAUCAGCGACAGCAGCGCCCCUCCUGUCUAUGUCUUCUGGUAUCAUAACGGACGUAUGAUCAACUAUGAUUCAAUGAGGGGAGUGCAGGUGAAAACUGAAACUGGUUCUACUACUGUAAGUAGACUGAAUAUUGAAGACGUCAAGACUACAGACUCUGGGAAUUACAGUUGUACACCUUCUUAUGCUGACUCUGACAGUAUCAAAGUUCAUGUGAUUGAUGGAGAAAAGCCUGCCGCCAUGCAUCACGGUGAAACUUCUGCUUCUGCUGUACACGUCUGUUUCCAGCCCAUCUUGGUGCUCGUGUUAAUAGUAUUUGUGCAUCGCGUUUUGAAUGACGUCAUACCCAGAUAGCUUUGUUCUAUGUUGACGAUGGUCUCGGGGUCAUACUGGCUAAUGACUUGUUUUACUGAUAACGUGUCUAAAGACUUAACCCGAGUUGUCCUUUUAUCAACAUGAAUACGGUGUCACUGACCAGGACUAGGACACGUGCAUCCGAUGAGUCUUCUACAUAGCUUUUGUCAUCAUCUUCUUCAGUAAACUGAAUAUAGUUCAGUGUGUUGCAUUCUGUCUGAUGUAAGACGGAAAACGAGAAACUUGUGAACAUUGGUCACUUUUAUGUUCUUACCGUGCUGUAAGAUUGCAAAUAUCAAGGUUACCAAAAAUGUAAAAAUAAACACAAAAAACAAAUAUCUUAAAAUAUCUUUUAAAUUUACACAGUGUUGGAUUUGUAGUUAUGGAUACAACCCGUUACCGCUUUGUUGAAUUGGGCCCAGUGUACAUUUCUAACCCACAACUUUGAAUGCUCAACGACCUUGAUAAAGAAAGGAGUACACAAACCUAAAAAUAAUUAGUGGCUGAAAUUUGAAAAACAAACACGAAAAAAAAAACGGUCAACUAAUCUAUAAGUGUAUUAUUUUGUCACCUCUUUGUGUCAUUCCUUCACCUGUAGUACUUUUAAAAGAACAGAAAUAAUAAAUUCUGGUGCUUCUGUUGAUUGUAAGUGUUAACUGUAA